AUGAAUAGAAAGCAAAAAUCAAUCUAGAAGAAAAGCUUAGAGAAUUCAUAGGGACUUCAAUAGAAAUAACCCGAAUCCUAAGUCUAAGAGUAUGAGAAUAAAGAACCUCAAUAAUCUCAAAUCGGAGAGCCUUAUAACGAAAAACGUGUCAAGUUCCAUCAUAAAAAGUACAUCAGAAAUGAAAGUUUGAGUUAAGCUUAAAUAUUGAAGAAGAGAUCAAAAUGUGACUAGUAAACUAAUUGGAAAGAGGAAGAUUAGAAUGACUUCUCCGGCAAACAUUCAAAAAAUAGCAACACCAUCUAGUAAAUUCCUUAAGAUUUAGAUCUUAACAUUGAAAUCAUGAAUGAAGAUACAUAAUUACCAUAAAAUACCGAAGAGUCCUCAGAAACUGAUGAUGCUGUCAAUAAUUCCGUUCCUACAAUUGCUAGAAACAAAUCUUAAGAGUGUAAGUAAAAAAAGUUAGAGAAAUGUAUAAGGCACUCCCUAGAAGAUGAGGAUAUUCAUUAACGCAACUUAAAGAUUAAGCUUAACAAUGAGAAAGAUCUUGAAUAUGAGGAGUAUUUCAUAUCUGAGGAGUAAUUCAAUUAGAGUCUUCUCCAAACUCAGGAUCAUAAUAAUGAAGGCUCCAGAGAAAUCUUAAACCGUAAAGAUCAAAGUACAGGGAUAGUAGAGUUGUUAAAUUCUAAUAGCCAAUUUGAUGAAAGAACUACUAAAGAGAAUACCAAUCAUCUUUGA